AUGGCAGCACUGGAAGCUGACAUCGACUUCAGUGAAACUCGAGAGGCUGAGAUUCACAUAAUCGGCUGGGUGUUUACUGGCAUUGCGAUCGCGACGGUUUCGCUCAAAGUUGUAUCCCGCAUGGGAGUGAAAACGGCUGGCUGGGAUGACUUUUUUAUCUUUUUCUCGCUAACUCUCAGUAUCAUUGCAACGGCGUUGGUUUCGUAUUCGGUCACUCUUGGUCUGGGUCGACAUACUGCAGCCGUGAUCGCCGAACAUGGCGUGGAAAGAACGGUGAUGACCGCUAAAUGGCAGAUCAUGGGAUUCCGCGCAUUCAGUUUCCCCAAUAUCUCCAUCUCCAUUCUCGUCAGCCAGCUUCUCGAUCCGAACAUUCUCCGCACACGGCUCCUUUACGGCAUGUCAAUCUUACAAGUCAUAUUUGCCAUGAUCUCCGUCUUUGUCGUCUUCCUACAAUGCUCACCAACUCAGAAGCUAUGGAACCAUUCGGUUGAGGGCAGGUGCUGGGAUCCGUCGGUCUUCGACGACUUCUCGUACUGGGUCAGCGCGUACACUACCCUGACGGAUAUCGUGCUUGCUGUCGUCCCUAUCGGCGCGUUCUGGAAACUGCAGAUGCCGUUCUCCAAGAAACUAACCGUUUGCGUCAUGAUGGGGCUGACGCUACUUUCUGCCAUCGUGACGAUUGUCAAGGCGACCUAUUUGCAUCUGUUUACGGAUAAGGUGGAUCCGCUCUGGAACGUCGUCCCGUUGGUCCUCUGGGGGCUCAUCGAACAAAACGUUGUCAUCGUCGCAGCCUGUGUUCCAACCCUGCGCCCCUUCUUUCGGCGAGUCUUUAGGUCCAAGGACCUCUCUGCCAGUGGUACCAGCACCGGUACAUCC